AUGUCUUCCAACACAGACAACCAGAUGACGAGGUUUCUCUUCGCCAUUUUGAAACAGAAAAACCUCAAGGAUAUUGAUUGGAAUGCUGUCGCCCACGAUCCGAUACUGGCACAGCCCAUCACCAACGGACACGCUGCUCGCAUGAGAUACUCUCGUUUUCGCUCUGCCAUGUUGGGUCUCGAGCCUCAGAAGCGCAACAGGGCCGCCGCAAACAAGAAUCGGGUUACGAAGAACAAGAAGGAGCCAAAACCACACAAGAAGGAGGAGGAUUCCGAGAACGAACGGGUCAAGCCCGAACCAGGGACGCUCGAAUCGAUCCGCCACCACGCCGAUGCUCGCGCCAGAUCUCCGGUCAAGGUUAAGCAGGAACACAACCAACCUACCUACCGGCAACAGUUCACACCGACCUCCAUGGCAUCCCCUACCGCUCCGGAAUGCCAACCGGCCUUCCAACCGAGAAUGCUCACCCCCUGCAGCGACGACAUGUUUUCGGCACCUCACAACCUGCAGUUCAGCCCGUCCGCCAGCCUCAUCAGCGCUCACCCGACCUUCGAUCUCCCUCAAGCCAUGUCUUGUGCUCAUGAUCAAGAUCACCAUCAGCACGAUCACGACCACAAUACCUGGGCCCCUAGUCCGAUCUACUCGGCCUUCGACGCAGCUUAUGACAUUGAGGGGUUCGGUGUCGGCUCCUUGUGUGACCACCAACAUGUCCAAGGGCAUACUGACGACAUGCACGGGUCGCCUGCGCUUGGCUCCCUGAUGCCAGAACACAUGAAUAUCAAAAACGAGCACUGGGACUCUCAGUUCCUCCCCUAA